CUGUGUGGUUCCUCCUGAGUGACGCACGGAGCCUCCGCUCGGGGAUCAGCUCAGCUCGGAACCGUCCGGAGCAACAUGCAGGAUGGCGACGAGUGUGGAGACAGCCGCCGAACACGAGCGAAUCCUGCGGGAGAUCGAGAGCACAGACACCAACUGUAUCGGCCCGACCCUCCGGUCGGUGUACAACGGUCAGGAACAUGGCCUCUUCAUGGACAAGCUGGACGUCCGGAUCAGGAACCACGACCGCGACAUCGAGAAGAUGUGUAACCAUCACUUCCAGGGCUUCGUCGACUCCAUCACGGAGCUGCUCAAAGUGCGAGGGGAGGCGCAGAAACUCAAGGUGAGAGAGGGCGGGGGAGGGGAGGCGCAGAAACUCAAGAGUCAGGUGACGGAGACGAACCGGCGUCUUCAAGAUGACGGGAAAGACCUCAUCAGCACGAUGGAGGAGCUGCAGCAGUGUCGAGUUCAGCAGAGGAACAUCGCCACCACCAUCGACAAACUGACACACUGCCUGCCAGUCCUGGAGAUGUACAGCAGACUACAGGAGCAGAUGAGGGCCAAAAGGUACUACCCGGCCCUGCGGACGCUGGAGCAGCUGGAGCAGACGUGUCUCCCCCGGGCCGGCGAGUACCGCUUCUGCUCCAUCAUGGCGGAGAACACGCCCAAGCUGAGGACGCAGAUCCGAGACACGGCCAUGACGCAGCUCAGGGACUUCCUGGAGAGCAUCCGGAAACACUCGGACAAGAUCGGGGAGACAGCCAUCAAACAGGCUCAACUGCAGCGGUCUUUGGACAGCUCCGUCUCCAUGCAGCCCAGGGCCCUGAUUGGCCGACGCAGCAGGAAGGAGUUGGCUGCAGCGAUGGUGACGGACAGCGACGGACAGGGUGGCAGCCCGGUGUCCGAACAGGACUCUGGCAUUCUGGACGUGGAGGACGAAGAGGAGGAGGAAGAGGAGGAUGAAGUUCCAGGAGCUCAGGAUUUGGUGGAUUUCUCUCCAGUGUACUGCUGUCUUCAUAUCUACACUGUGCUGGGUUUGCGUGAUGUGUUUGAGAACUACUACAGAAAGCAGAGGAGGAAACAGGCCCGCCUCGUUCUGCAACCCCACUCUAACAUGCAUGAAACUCUGGAGGGAUACAGGCGGUACUUCAAUCAGAUUGUUGGUUUCUUCGUCGUGGAGGAUCACGUCCUUCACACCACGCAGGGUUUGGUCAACCGAGCGUACGUGGAGGAGCUCUGGGAGUUGGCGUUGUCCAAAAUCAUCGCCGCUCUGAGAACGCACUCUUCGUACUGUGACAACCCGGACCUGGUGCUCGAUCUGAAGAACCUCAUUGUCCUUUUUGCCGACACGCUGCAGGGUUACGGCUUCCCGGUGUCCCAGCUGUUCGACAUGCUGCUGGAGAUGAGGGACCAGUACGGAGAAAUCCUGCUCAAGAGGUGGAACCUCACCUUCAGGCAGGUGUUGGACCAGGACAACUUCAGUCCAAUCCCCGUCUCCACGGAGCAGGAGUACAGACACUACACUUCCCAGUUUCCCCUGCAAGACCCUGAACUGGAAAAGCUUCCCUUCCCCAAGAAGCUCCCUUUCUCCGAGUUUGUGCCGAAAGCCUACUGCCUGCUCAAGGAGUUCAUCUACGCCUGCCUGAAGUACUCUGAAGACCUGCAUCUCAGCUCCACCGAGGUCGACGACAUGAUCCGCAAGUCCACCAAUCUGUUGUUGACCAGAACUCUCAGCAACUGUCUCCAGUACGCCAUCAAGAAGAAGAACGUCGGGCUUGCUGAGCUGGUGCAGGUGAUCAUUAACACCACCCACCUGGAGCAGAGCUGCCACUUCCUGGAGGAGUUCAUAUCAAACAUCACAAACGUCCCGCCUGACACGGCGAACGCCACCAAGCUGUACGGCACCUCCACCUUCAAGGACGCUCGUCAUGCAGCCGAGGCGGAGAUCUACACCAGCCUGAACGCAAAGAUCGACCAGUUCCUGCAGCUGGCUGAUUACGACUGGAUGGCCCCCGUGCCGGGAGGCGGGACCCAGGACGCCAGCGACUACCUGAUCGACCUGAUCGCUUUCCUGAGGAGCACCUUCAGUGUCUUCACCAACCUGCCCGGUAAAGUGGCUCAGACGGCGUGCAUGUCGGCCUGUAAACACAUCUCCACGUCUCUGAUGCAGCUGCUGCUGGAGCCGGAGGUCAGACAGAUCUCGAUGGGCGCUCUGCAGCAGCUCUACACCGACGUCCAGGAGUGCGAGAGUUUUGCCAGAGCCGGCCCGGUCGCAGGCUUCCAGGGUGACACGUUGCUUCUGGCCUUCAGUGACUUGAGACAAUUGCUGGAUCUGUUCACGCAGUGGGAUUGGUCGACCUACCUGGCUGACUACGGUAAACCCACCUGUAAAUACCUGAGAGUGAACCCACACAGCGCACUGGCCCUGCUGGAGAAGAUGAGAGAGACGAGCAGAAAGAACAACAUGUUCGCACAGUUCAGGAAGACGGACCGAGACAGACAGAGACUCAUCGACACCGUCAUCAAGCAGCUACGCAACCUCAUCGCACAGCACCACACCUAGAGACAGCCACCUGCCUCCAAACCGCCUUCCCCCUAUUCAAAACCAUCCAAAAUCUUCUUCAUCCAUCUGUUAAAACCUUAAACCGUUACCUGAUCCCUGCACCUUACCGCCACUGGUCCGCCAUUAACCACAACCAGCACCUUUUAGGUCAUCUCUUAACACCCUGAACAACCAGUUUAAAUCUGCAACAAGCCCUCAGAAAACAGAACUUCUUUCUUAGAGUGAUUUAAGCUGCUGUUUCUGCAUAACUGCUGGGGCUACAACUUAACAUUUUCACGCAAUUCAUCCUCUAUCAAACUACAAUCGACACCAUCUGUAAGCAGACGUCAACUUAGCGACACAACAGGCCGAUCUACUACUCCUAAUUUCUGCUAAAACAAAAACAAACAGAAGCUCUCCUCUUGGCUUGGUUCUUAAAUCCCAUCCAGUCUCUGUUUAUUUCACCAACCUGUCUGCAUGGAUUAGUUUGGAUUCAACACUAGAGUCUGAAACAGUGUGUGCUGUUGCCAUGUCUUCCGACUUACAAGCAAAGAAAAAGUAAAAAAUUGAUUAUCUCCCUCUUUAAACAAUCCCACAGUUGGUUGGCGUUGCAACACUUCCAGCUAUAAUGAAGUCAGACGUGUUUCAGCCUAGAUAUUGAGUCCGAUAUGAGCGUCUGGAGUAAUGCACAUCUUAAGGGAAUCUCUCGUGUUUUGUCACCUCAAUAUGCGGCCGGACCUUCAAAUAAAAUACAAAUCCUCUUACAUUGUUUUUUUUCUGAAGUCCAGACUUCUAAAAUCAAUCGGCACACUUAUCUGGAUUCAUCGUCAAAUGGACACGCUGACAGUCUGAACGUCGUCUUUUCAGCUGAAGGCAAUGCCAACCUCAGUUUGUUUAUUGGUUUUAUCCAAACUUAUGAGGAAGAACUGGCGUCGCCAUGCUUCCUUUUCUCCAAUCUACCAUCUGUUAUAAAAGAGGAAGUGGGUCAUUGGAUGGCUCUAUGUGUUUUCUAGAUUCUCUGUCGGAUUAAUUAACCCAAGAUUUCACAUUCUUUUGGGGCGUUUUGAUGCUUCACGUUCCCUUCCUGCAAUCUGUCUCAAUCCGGUCUAAUUAUUUUUAACACCCUCUGUGGUCCAUCACCCCACAAAACUCUCCUCGCUGUGGCACAACUACAGAACGUAUUGAAUGUACCUCACAGACGGUCGUAGCGUUUUUAAUUUCUCCUGCAAGAAAAGCACUGAAAUCCGGUUCAGGGAGACGGUUCAGAAAAAAUCGAUGCUGGUGGCUAAUUAAUAAACAGAAUGCUACUGCAGUUAGCAUCAGUUAUGAUAAAGAGGGAUAAUAAUCCAUACAUGGCAACCCUUUUUUCAUCACUUAAACCUGUUAACACUUGAAUGGGCCACACUAAUUAUCCCGGCGACUAAAUCCCAUCUUCUUAAACGCGGUGUGAUUGGGAUUUACAAAAAGGGGGAUGUUGUCCAAACAUGGCAACCCGUUCCUGCUCUUCCAUUUAAUCAUAUUAGAUUUGUUGCUUUAGCGUUUUCUACUCCUCAUAUAUAUAAAUAUAUGAUCACCUGGGUCUUAAAGAGGGGGUUAGUGUCCCCCCAAUCUGGCAACCGAGUAGUGUUUCAUUUGCUUGGUUGGACUAAUUUGUAUAGAGUAUUGUACUAAUGCGAGCACACACACUUUUUACGUCUUCCACACACACAAACCAGCUGUGUGUGUGUGUUUGUUUGAGCACACGAUUACAUUUACACUUUGGACUAA